AGCAAUGUCUCCGAAGAUGGAUUUAUCGGGAAGCAGGCGAACGAUGAGCCGAACACUUACAGUUUUACUGUUGAUCGGUUUGGCGAUGGCAAACAAAACGAUGGACACGCGGGAAGGCGAGGAUGUAACGCUGAAGUGCCGCUUCAACGAGCACUACUCCGACCGGGAGUACUCCUACUAUUGGGCCCAACAGUCACCGAACAAGUACGACAAUGUUGCUAUUAAGGGAGAUACCUUUAACUCUAACUACAAGAUUGACUACCGACCAAACCAAGGAAUUUACGAUUUGCAAAUCUUUAACGUGUCCUAUGCCCGAGAUAAUGGGCGAUUCGAGUGUCGCAUCAAGCAGAUCGGCAGCGAUAAUGCGAUCUAUGAAGAUUACUACAAUCUGACAGUGCUCACACCACCGCAGCCACCGUUGAUCUUUCCCGGAAGCGAAACAACUGCCACGGAAGAUAAAAAGCAAGAGCUCACGUGUAGCAGUGUGGGUGGUUCUCCGGAUCCAACGAUUUCCUGGUAUCGUGAAGGAAGUACAACACCUCUAGCUGCCAAUCUGAUCUACGGUGGAUCGCGUGACAUGCAGACGACCAGCACAUUGACCAUUAUCCCGCGCCGAGAAGAUGACGGUGCGAAGUUUACCUGUGUCGUGUGGAAUCGGGCUAUGCCGGAGAGCCAGCGAUUGGAAACGGUUACGACUUUGUCGGUGAAUUAUUACCCCCGUGUGGAAAUCGGUCCAGAAAAUCCGCUGAGUGUGGAGCGCGAUCAGACGGCUAAGCUGGAAUGUAACAUCGAUGCCAAACCGAAACCCGAGCAGGUAAAGUGGACACGGAAUGGACGCUUCAUUUCGUCGCACCCAACGCACACAAUUCAUCGUGUGUCGCUACAGGAUGCCGGUCGUUACACCUGCUCGGCUGAUAACGGGUUGGGUAAGAUUGGCGAACAGGAAAUCACACUGAACGUCCUCUACCCACCGAUUGUGCAAAUCGAAACGAAGGCCAAAACGGCAGAAGAGAAGGAAACGGUUCAUAUUAAGUGCAACGUUACAUCCAACCCACCGCCGGUGACGAUUGAGUGGCUGAAGGAAGGCGAUAUUGAUUUCCGGCGUAAUGGCGAUACGCUUGUGCUGCGGGACGUGCGAGCGGAAGAUGCCGGAACGUACAUUUGCCGGGGCAUUAAUAUGAUGAAACCGUACGGCGGCAAGACGCUUGAGCGUGAAGGUAACGCCUCGGUAGCACUGCUGGUGCGCCACCGCCCUGGGCAGGCUGUAAUUACGCCGGAAAAACCGGUUGUGCAUGUGGGCAAUAGUGUCAGUUUGAUGUGCAAAGCCGAUCCUCCAGGCUAUCCGGAUCCACAGUACCGUUGGUACCGGGAUGUGGGCGGUGAGAUGUCAACCACGGUGAUUGCCCAGGGAGCACAAUAUCUGAUACCGAAGGCGGGACUUUCGAGCGAAGGAAAGUACCACUGCCACGCAAGCAACGAACUGGGCAAUGGGGGUAUGGCAAGCGCUACGCUAGAAAUUCAUCAACCGCCGCAAUUUUUGGCCAAACUGCAAUCAAACAUGAUCAAGCGUGCUGGUGAGGUAGACUUUUUCGUAACUUGCAGUGCCAAAGGAAAACCGGAACCAUCGAUCAUAUGGCUGAAGGACGAUGUGGAGAUCACGCCGGAAUUACACCGGUACGAGGUGAAGACGAACGUAGACAAGGGACCUAACGGUAUGGUAACGGUACAGAGCAUGCUCAAGUUCACGGGCAAAGCGCGACCGAACGGAAACGAUCUUAUCUCCACCGAUCGUGGUCAGUACACGUGUUUGUACGAAAAUGAGGUUAACAAGGCAAAUUCCACGAUGCAUCUGAAAAUCGAGCAUGAACCGAUCGUACUGCACCAAUACAACAAGGUGGCAAACGAUAUUAAGGAAACGGCAGAAGUGCUGUGCAAGGUACAGUCGUACCCAAAGCCAGAAUUUCUUUGGCACUUUGGAACGACACUGCUAAGCACGGGUGGACAUUACGAAAUCAUUACCAACUCGGACGGUAACGACGUGUACACCAGCAUCCUAAAGAUCAGUAAUGUGCGUCACCAGGACUAUGGAGAAUAUCAUUGCCGUGUAUCGAACUCGCUGAACCACAUUCAGGUACCGAUUAGAUUGCAACCGAAGGGUCCGCCAGAAAAACCGAACAAGCUGAAGGCAGUCGAGCUUGGCUCAAACUAUGUGAUUCUUUCGUGGAAUCCUGGAUUUGAUGGCGGACUGGUCAACACCAAGUAUUUCGUUUCCUACCGGAAAAUAGUGAUCCCGAACGAAAGUCUCAUGACGGAAGAGUGUGCGGCCGUGGCUGCUAGCGGUGCCGAAUGGAUGGAGUAUGACUGCCAGCGUGAAAUGCCCUGCACUAUCAGCCCACUGGACCACCAUCAGAGUUAUGUGUUCAAAGUGAAGGCAUUGAACACGAAGGGUGUUUCGGAGCAUUCGAAUGAAAUAUCCGCCACGACGAAGGUGGAAAAGAUUCCGAUUCCACUGUUGGCUAAUUUCGAUCCGGAAACGAAGAUAUUGGGAUUAAAUAUCGGUGCAACCUGUCUGUCGAUGGUGGCGAUAGUCGAAUCGGUUAUGUACGGCGAUACUCCAAUGGCAGCGUGGCACAUUAUCGAGAAGGUAGAUUUGCAGGUUAACGGUCACGAUCCGACGUACCGCGAGCACGAAAUUAAGCACUUUGUAGCGAACAGGCGCAACAACGGCCGCUCAUUGGGUAACACGCUGGACGACAUUCCAAUACCGAUCGAGGACGAGUUGAAUCCACGUGUGCGCGUAAAGUUGUGUCUCAAAAUCAAUCACGAGUACUGUGGCGAAUAUCUGGAGGCUGACAUUGGACAAUCCCUCAUCCAGGAAGCCUCCUUUGUCGAGCUACCGACAUUGAUAGCGAUUGUGGUGUCGUGCGUUGUGGCCGGUCUGUUUGCCGUGCUGGUGAUUAUGUUCUGUCGCUGCAAGCGCAACCAGAUGAAAGAAUCGGUCAAGUCCAAGGAGUAUGAUAUCGAUUCGAUCCAUCCGUCAAUUGUGGCUCAACAAAACCAGGCCCCGCCACCGUACUAUUCUGCCAGUAGCUUAGAAAACAAGGCGCUGGAGCAUUCGAUGGAUUUGGCAAUGGAUCAAAAUACGGCGUUGUAUGCAAGCCAACAGCCAACGUAUGGAUACCAUCAACAAAAUGCAAUGAUUCCACAAGUUCCGCAAAAUGAUUGGUCAAACAUGGGCUACGUAGAGAACUCGUACUCGAACUCCAACAACGGAGGAAGCGUCAACUCGCAGGACUCAAUCUGGCAACUGAAAAUGUCAGCGGCCGCCUCGAACUCGGCCAACAUGAUCCCGCAGCACAACUACAUGGACCAGCAGAUGCAACAAAACUACGGCUAUGACCCAAUGACCCAUGGGGGAUAUGGUGCCGUUGACGAUUACGCUCCCUACCCACAUCUAAUGACAACCGCUAGCCAACACGGUGGAGAUGACUAUCAUCAUAACAUGCGCAACAGCCAGAAUCCAUCGCGCCAGGACUACUGCAGCGAUCCGUACGCCUCCGUACACAAACCUAAGAAACGCAUGGAUCAGCAUAUGGACUUUGUUGCGGAAUCCCCGUACCACGAUGUGAGUGGCCUUCCUGAUCCGUACAUGGAGCAGGACGAAGCAAAGUCUCCCGUGCAGAAUCAGCAUCUCUCGAUGAGCUACGAUGAUGCGCUAGCCAUGGAAAGUGGUUACUCGACACCAAACUCCCGCAAUCGUCGUGUCAUUCACGAGAUUGUGGUGUAGGCAACAUAUCCAUUGCCCAAUGCAUUGGUGCAACGAAGCAACGAGCUAGAACAACGACAACGAAUCAAUGAUGG